GAAGAAGAAUGAAUACCAUUUAUUUUCAUUUGUAUUCUCAAAAAAAAAUAAAACUAUUUGGCGAUAAGGAUUUAACUCGUUCAACCAAAUCAUUCCAUCUAUAAACGAAACGGUCCAUUUGUCUGUUCUUAAAACGAAUGUGAAAACUGGUAAUCUAGCAUUAAAAUACCAGCGAAGCGACGUCAACAACAACCUAGGAGAAAAGAAAUUACAGCAAAAAUGCAAAUUGUUUUGGUGUUCGACGAGUUGUAAAGACAGGAAGUGAAGUGAUGCUAAGAUAAAUAAAAUAGCACAAGUAAAUUAGGCUUUAUCAGAAGCAAAAAAUAUAAUAAACUUUAAUUGAACUGAAUUAAAGGGCGUUCGAGAGAAAAUCAAUUGAAAAAUCACGUCAUUUUCUUCGUCGUAAGGAGAAAAGGAGACUCACAGUAAUCAUUUGUGUUGUGUGUUUGUGUGAUCGUGUGGUAACUUAACUCACUUCACUGUGCUGUGCUGGGAACAAGAAAAAAUGUUUGCAAAAUAUUGGAAGAAGCCAAGGAAAAUGUGAGAGUUCAAAACAUGAAAACGUUAAAGUAUCAGUGUCCCUUGUACAAAUAGUAUACCUAAUAUUGGUUUGGCGAAAAUAAGAACAAUUGCAAUUGAGACAUUGUCUGCUUCAAGUAAGGAACGCAUUUGUGGCCUUCCCGUAUACAUCAUGAUGACCAUCGACGAGGAACAGCAGGCUUUAUUGAAACGUGCUGCCGAAGAGCGCGAAUUGAUAUUCAAUCGAUACAGUUUGGGCUUGGAUCCCAGCAAUCAAGUGGAUCCGUGGGAAAAUCCCACUUAUGAAAUAUAUCACAUAACUGAUAAGUAUGGUUUUAUGCAUGACUCCCGCCUCCCAGACAUACGCGAUGCCCACGAAGUGCAAAAGACCAAAAUUGAAUUGGAACGGGAUAAGAAGUGGGUCAAGAUGAUAGACAAAUGGAAUCCGCACCACGAAAAACUGCGUAAGCGAGUGUUUAAAGGUAUUCCAGACCGUAUGCGCUGGCCAGCAUGGAAAAAAUUAUUGAAUGUUGAGGAAACAAUGUCUGCAAAUACUGGCGUUUAUGCCAAGAUGCUGGAAUUAUCUCGCAAAUACUCCACAGAAGUCAGACAAAUCGAUUCAGACGUCAAUCGCCAGUUCCGUGAUAACUUAGCCUUUCGCGAACGAUACAGUGUCAAACAAGUUUCACUGUUUAAUGUUCUAAAUGCAUAUAGCAUAUAUAAUCCUGAACUAGGCUACUGUCAGGGUAUGGCAUGUGUUGCCGGUGUACUGUUGUUGUAUAUGCAAGAAGAAGAAGCAUUUUGGGCUCUAAAUGCCCUCAUUGUAAACGAAAAGUAUGCCAUGCACGGUCUAUUUAUUGAGGGGUUUCCCAAGCUGACGCGUUUCUUGGAACAUCAUGACCGUAUAAUGUUGAAAAUAAUGCCAAAAUUGCACAAACACUUCAUGAAACACAAUGUCGACGCAAUACUUUAUUCAAUCAAAUGGUUCUUUGUCGUAUUCGUGGAACGGAUACCAUUUAGCUUAAGCUUACGUGUCUGGGACAUUUUUCUUUUGGAAGGCGACCGUGUUAUAACAGCAAUGGCUAUUACAAUACUAUACCUGCACAAAAAUGAACUUUUGCGUCUAAAAGAUAUGGAUUCGAUAUUGGAAUAUUUACAAGUCAAGCUACACAAGAAUUUCGGUUACAACGAUGACUUUGCCAUAGAGGCCUUAGAACGAGUGAUGAAGAAAUUGAAAGAGCAUAAACUGGAUGUUCCUCCACCAGCAAAAGUCACAGAAUUCCCUACAAAACCUUUGGGUCAAUUUGUCGAGGCUGAUAUUGAAAAGAAAAUUGGUCGACGUCAUUCAGAAUAUACGGACACAGAAAAGCAGGUUAUCAAUGAUGUUAUUUUGAGGCAGGAGCAAAAUGCCAUGGAAGUACAAUCUACAGUAUCAUAUGAAACAUCAGAGUGUGCCACGGUAACAUUAACUGUGCCCGAGGAUAAUCAUUCAAUAAGAAGUUCGCUUGCAGGUACCUCAAUGGCCUCUCAUGGUUCGUCGGAAACCUUCUCGCUGGAGGACAACAACAUCCAUCUGAAGACGGCAAAUGCAUUGCAAAACACACCACAGCGUGAGAUCCUUAUGGGCACCUGACGUCUACCCCCAACGCCGCCAAUUCACAAUCCAGUGAAACAGUGUUUUUCGUCCCCUGCUCCAGUGGAAAAUGCGAAAAAAGCGGGUGUUCGGUUAGCUGCCACUUCAACGGAGACGUCCUCAGUGGAUUCUUUGCACAACUCUCAGACGACUCCCAAACAUGACGUUGAUUUAAUGAUUGAGGCUGCCACACCCACAACACCAACUUCGAACACCUUAGUAGCGACGUCGUCACCAUCAACAAAAUCAUCACCGGUGCAAACUCCAACGCCCACCUCUCAUUUAUCCACCUUUGCGAUUGGUUGAAUAUAUGAAGCUUAAAUUGUUUUCUUUUUUCGCAGACCCAAAUGAACUACACACAUCGACAUCCUACCUUUAUUGGCAAUAACUAAACCUUUUGAGAUAUAUUUUUUUAAUAGUAGUCCCAGUGAAAGUUCCCAUUCCCAAAGCUAAACUGACAUCCUCCAAUUUUUGAAAAAAAAAAUUGGCAAAACAUUAAUAGUUUAUGUUCAUUCGGAGCUGCACCCAAAAGAAAUCCAAGUAUUCGUGUAUAUAUGUGUACAUACAUGGGCGUAGGUAUAUGUAACUUAGUAAUUUAAGGUUGCCUUUAAAAUUUAAAACAUUCGUUUCAUUUCAAAAGAAAAUUGUUAAAUUGUUUGUAUUCUUAGCUUGAGUAUUUUCUAAUCUUUAUUAAACUUUUAUACGCAACACAAGAAACUCCCCGCAGAGUAGCACCUAAAUGACCUUAAACUAAGUUUGAAUUGUUUAUAUGAAUUACAUUUAUGGCAAUGCAUUUACGUUCUAUAUCCGUAAGACAAAAUAUCCUUUCAAUAUAUAUUUCAAAAUGACCUGAAGGCAAUUUCCAUUUUUCUGAAAUUUUGAGAGUAAAUACGCCUCAGACGUCGCUCUUCAACGUAACACGAACGAACAUAAACGUAUGUAUUUACAAUGUAAAAACCCAUAUUUAUAUAUAUAUAUAUUUCACACCGAACUCCGAACUUCCCACCACUACGAACGACUAUUUGUUAAGUUUGUGGACAGAGGAAGGAAUAACACAGCAAAUUAUUAUACAUUUAUCCUGUUGCGUCCAAUGAAUUUAGGUAUAUAUAUAAAUAUCGUAAAAACUGUAUAACUUCGAAGUAAAAGGGAAAAUAUAUAUUUAAACGAGAAAGCUACAAUAAAGACAACUAUUGAAAUAAA